UCUGAGCUGUUUCUUCAUGGAGGGGUUCAUGUGUUUCAUCAACAUCAAAGUCCGACCCACCCUGGUGUCACAUGUUCACAGGUGUGCUGAAACCUGCUCAUCAUCAGCAAAUCUCAAGUGUUUCCACGGCAACCUGCUGCGUUCUGACUGGGGGCCGUCGUCCCACGGCUGAUCCAGGAUCAGCUUCUAAAUUUACCUGGGAUUACUGACGGCUGCUCUUUGAUUCUGGAGCCUCAGAAUGCCUCAGACCGGAGCAGGAACCGACAUGUCGCUCAGAGGUUCUUCUCUGUCCCCCCCUUGGAAGAACCACACUUUCAGUUUGGAGGGAGGUAGAGACCCCCCUCUGUCUGACCAAGGUGAGACCAUCAUCGGAGUGUACCUGCUGCUGCUGGGCUGGAUGUCGUGGUUUGGAAACAGCAUCGUGCUCUUUGUUCUGUACAGACAGAGGGCGUCUCUGCAGCCCACAGACUACCUGACCUUUAACCUGGCUGUCUCUGACGCCAGCAUCUCCGUCUUUGGCUACUCCAGAGGUAUCAUAGAGAUCUUCAACAUCUUCCAGGACAGCAGCUACAUCAUCUCCUCCAUUUGGACCUGCCAGGUGGACGGCUUCCUCACCCUGCUGUUUGGGCUGAGCAGCAUCUAUACGCUGACGGUCAUCAGCAUCACCCGCUACGUCAAAGGCUGCCAGCCCGGUAGAGCUCACCAUAUUACCAGGAGCAGUGUGUUUGUUUGUCUGCUGUUCAUCUGGGUCACCGCUGGGUUCUGGUCCGGAGCUCCGCUGCUUGGAUGGGGGAGUUACACAGAUCGAGGAUACGGCACCUGUGAGAUUGACUGGGCCAAAGCUAACUAUUCCAGGAUCUACAAGUCUUACAUUGUCUUCAUCUUCAUCUUCUGCUUCUUCAUCCCGGUCCUCCUCAUGCUCUUCUGCUACGUGUCCAUCAUCAACACGGUGAAGAGAGGAAACGCCCUCUCAGCCGAGGGAGACCUGACAGACCGGCAGCGGAAGAUUGAGAGAGACGUUACCAUCGUCUCCAUAGUCAUCUGCACAGCCUUCAUUCUUGCCUGGUCCCCGUAUGCUGUAGUGUCCAUGUGGUCCGCCUUGGGCUUCCACGUACCCAACCUGACCAGCAUCUUUACACGCCUAUUUGCCAAGUCUGCCAGCUUCUACAACCCUCUGAUAUAUUUUGGCCUCAGCUCCAAGUUCCGUAAAGACGUCGUCAUCCUGCUACCAUGCACACAUAACACCAAAGACACGGUCAGACUCAAGCAUUUCACGCCAAAGGCUGAUGCCCAUGGACGCCUCGCUUCAGGGGGUGGAGUCAAACUCAAAGUUUCUCUCAACCAACCGGACAAGAAAUACUCGCCUAUGGAGGCCACAACCCCAGAGUCUGGCGGCUUCCCCUUUGGUCCAUCUCCACCUGGCAACAAGGAUGUGUCUUACAUCAACAUGCCCCGCCCCUCAGAGGCCAGCUCUGAGUUUGAGUGUGUGAGACUCUGAGAGGCUUGAAGGAGGAAGAACAGUGUCACACCUUCGAGUCUGCGACAGGGAGGCUGACCGCCACGACCAAACUGAAGGCGACCAAGACGACUCUGAAAACCCAAAGGGACGGUUUCAAAUCAAGUUACUGAGAUUCACACCCAGUGACUGACCUGAGCUGACCAGAGCGGUUCCGAGCUGCUGUGAGCCAUCUAGCAAAACUAUUGCAAUUUCAUGGAGUCUUUCAUCUCCUCAGAUAAACCAAAGACCUUCAGAGGGUCCAAGUCCCA